CUGGGCCUGGGCACGCGGAAGUCGAAGGUGGUGCUGUUCGUGUUCGGGUCGGAGGGACUGAGGGCGGCGGCGGAGCGGACGUGGCCGGCGGAGAUGCCGCUCGGAGAGGUGAACCGGAGGAUGAUCCGUGGAAUGGUCGGGUGCGAGAUGGCGCGGUUCAAGUUCCGGAAGGGGUGUAUCACGUUCUACGUGUACGCCGUCAGGAGGCGCGGCGAAUCCGGGUUCGGGUGCGCCGAGGAGCUGAGGGCGAUUUUGGAGGCGGUGGCGGCGCUGAAGGAUUUCCUCGACCACACGGCGAUGCUCGCGAUGCCUAACCAGAAGAGUAUAAACUACGCGCCGCCGGUGGCCGUAGCUCAUUAA